CGUACGAUACGUACUCGUCGCAUCGAAAAUGGCGGCGCAUCUGAAGAAGAGAGCGUACGAAGAGUUCGUACAGGCACCGACUGUCACUCAGGAGGAGGUCAAACCACAAGCCAAGAAACUAUGCCUCAGACAUAAACAGAGCACCUUGGAUCUGCCGUCUUUGGAAGGACGGAGCGUGGAUGAGGCUUUGACACUUCUGCUGGACUUCGGCAACAAGCUUCCGCUCAGUACAACCCAAACAGAAAGUGUAGUGCAGAGUAUUCUCAAACAGUAUCAGCAACAGGCCAGCGUCUCGGUCAAGGUGAAGCUGCUUCAUCUAUUAAGUCAAGUUGCUCUAACACCGGGUUUCCAUGCCGCGACACUUGUGGGAGAUCUGCUAGCUCUUCUGUCAUCAACAGACUCCCACAGGUUGAAGGUGCAGUUGUUGUCAACGUUGACUUCUCUGGGCAAGUCUUUGUUCGAUCAUGCUGAUCUUCACGAGAAAAUGGUCGAUGCUGCAAAACAGCAUCUGUCUGACCUCCAUCACACUGUGCGUUGUGAGUGCUUGUCCCUGAUUGGAACUCUCAGUACGGUGGACAAAGCUGGAAGUAAGAAGGAGGAGAAACGAUUCCAACGUCUUCUCUGUGCGUACAUCGACGAUCAAGAUCCUAGAGUCAGAGAGAGUGCUUUGAAGUCAACGCUGAUUCUACAUCAGCGCGGGCAGCGCCUGGACCUGUCCAUCUACCAACAGUCAGUCAAGGCACUCACGGACGACUAUGAUGGCGUCAGGCUGGCCGCCCUCAAGCUGGUCUGGGUGCUGAGCCACGUCUACCCUGAGGAGAUGCUAGCCGUGCCGGGAUCCAGCGAGGACCAGUUACGGCUCAUCGACGAUGGAUUCACCAACAUCUGCCAAAUGGUGAAUGACCCGUCCAUGAAUGUCCGAGCUGAGGCCGUCGGGUUGCUGGGGUCGCUCCAUCUUGUCAGCCCAAAGUUCCUGCAGCAAACACUCGAUAAGAAACUCAUGUCAGGACUAAGGAGGAAGCGCACUUCUCACGAACGACAGAAAGAGAGCUAUGCGUCGGGCGAUUGGUCGACUGGGCAGAAGUGGAACGACGACGCACCGAAGGAACACCUAGAUCCCGGCAACAUCAGUCUCAUCAAUAGUGGAGCCUGCGGUGCAUUUGUACACGGCUUGGAAGAUGAAUUCUUAGAGGUCCGCUCAGCAGCUUUGGAUUCGCUGUGUGAACUGGCGUCACACUCGCCGUCGUUUGCGAGAAUGUCCCUCGACUUCCUGGUCGACAUGUUCAACGAUGAGAUCGAGAGCGUACGACUCAAUGCGAUCUACAGCAUGAGAAAGAUCACUAAGCACAUAGUGCUUCGUCAGGAUCAGCUGGAAAUUAUCCUCGGUGUGUUGGAUGAUUUCUCGGGGGAAAUUAGGGAGGCGCUACACGAGCUUCUGUGCACUGUCAUCCUGGCAACCAAAUCCUGCCUGAGUAGGUCACUGCACUUUCUGCUCAGAAAUCUGAAUAAGUAUCCUCAAGACAAACACUCCAUCUGGAAUUGUUUGAAGCACCUAGGUAUAGCCCAUCAUGAUCUGACUCUAACACUCGUACCGGAGUUGUUGGGCACCCAUCCAUACUUCGACACACCAGAACCAGACAUGGACGAUCCUGCCUACAUCGGUGUGAUGAUUCUGAUAUUGAAUUCGGCAGCAGAGAGCCCCACCAUGGUGUCUUUGUUUCCUGACUACACAAUCAGACAUUACUCAUAUCUGAGGGACAGCCUCCCCCACCUGGUGCCUUACGUCAAGUACAUAUCAUCCAGGAGCUUGGAGUCAUCGCAUAAGCCACUCAGUGAAGGGCAGAGUCACGAUACAUUCCUCGGCCAGACUCUGGAGAAAGUCAAGCAUCUGGAUACGAUGACCAGACAGCCCGCUGUCAAUCUCAUGCAACUUGUCAUCAGAGAUCUGCACAGAGUGAGUGUAGUGGAAUCAGGGUUGUCGGCACGUGCAGACUUCUGUGCUCAAUACAUCCAGUGCCAGCUCGUCUUGUACAAGGCGUUGAGUGAGGAUCGAUGGAACGUACCCGCCCCUCUCUGUCCACAACAGAGUGCCGACACAAUGCUGGCUGCCGCAACACAGAUCUUAGACUUGAGCUACCAGUUGGAGCAUUUGUUCUUGGGCUGCAGCGUAUCGGAGCAGGCUAGCAUCAUGCAGAUGAGGUUUCGCGGCUGGACGUUGGAGUUUCUCGUUCAGCUGCGCGGGAAGAUAAACAACAGUGGUAGCAAACAGGCCGCCACGCAGACUGCCUGUAAGCACUACUUGAACAGACUCGGACUUCUAAACAGGCACUUGGUAGCAACCGGUGUUAAACCAGACAGCUUCACUCAGGCUCUGUUCACGGAGAUGCACAAGCUGGACAGCAACAAGGGGGGCAUCCUGGUCAAAUUCCUUCAACCGCUGCUACUCCAUCACGGCAUCCCCUCGCUUCUCCCGUCCAACAAGUUGAGUAAAGCGACGGCGACGAUACGCGAGCCGGCCGGAGGCUCCGAUAAUCCGCUGAGAUUCACCGCCGGACUGGCGUUGGCCAUCGGCGUCGACUGCACGCUGGACAACGUGCAGGAUGUCAACAGGAUCCGAAUACAGGUAACGUUUCCGGACAGCCAGGAGCAAUUGUUCAGUCCAAAGACGUCGGAUUUUCACAGUUUGUCUCCGCUAAGGCAUAGGCUACAUGCGCAAGUCUAUGUGUCUCAUGCAAUGUGGUCAGAUCCCUGCCAGAUACAGGUAUCCGUGGUGAUGACCUACGACCCUGACCGGAUCGGAGACCUGACAGUGAAAGGAUCUAGCCGAGUGAGCAAGCAGAGAACGCUACAUCUGUGUGAGCCAGUCAAAGUGUUUGUCAUGCCCAGGCCAGCCAAGAGAUGAUUUUGCGUCUGCCGCCAUUGUUGUUUAAAGAAGAUAAAAGCCUUGUUAAUAAUAGUGUAUAUUCAUAAAGCAACACAUCCACUUUGUCUUGGGGCAAGACAUUGUUGUUGUAGAUAUGUGAUAACCCGCCGUCGCGAUAACCCUGCCGCGAGAGGGCGUUAUCACAACGAACUGCUACGUGUAUGUGAGUUAACUGGAUGACGAUUAUAACUCUGGCAGUAUUGCAGGGAUCUGCAUCAGUACCGGUUACCCUGGUACACAACCGUUGAGGACUGGAAAUGGUUCCUGAAUAUGGGAUCGGUACCAGUAACUAACUUUACAAAGCACUUGGUAACUUCGCAGACAACAAAAAAAGAAAGAUUUUGAAUGCCAUUCUUGGGUAAUUUUCAAAAUGAAAACCAGGAUAAAUGGGAAAAUAAAACAUAUUUCACGUUUAUGACGCUCGCGAAAGUACUGAGCACAUCCAGGACCUAGUACAGGGCCAAGUCUUAGUAGUACGCGAGUCCGAGUCUGAUUCCUGUCAAAUACAAUAUACAUUAUACAAUGGUCCCCAAAUUUUUAUGCCGUAAGCUAGAUGAUCUUAUCUACCAGGUCAUUCACAGAAUUUAUUGAUCAUUCUGAAAAUCUUCAGAAAUAAAGUAUGUGCUUGGUUAAUGACCCUCGCCUUGGGCUUGGGCCUUUAUCUGCGUCUAGGCUCCUAGCCACUUUUAAACAUAGGCCCUACUUGUUUAAAACAGCAUAUUUAUAAAACAGCACAUCCCUUUAUAUCCUGUGAGUUAUGUCGUGGCUAUUGUCUGUAUAACCAGUGCAGUACAAACAGUCCAGUGCUGCACUACUUAAAUACAAUUUGCAUACUGUAAAAUUGUCUGUGUGCAAUGGACUGUUUAGCUUAUAGCUUGAGAUUAGUUUUUUAACAGUAAUUUCUAUAUUGUUAAAAAAAAAAUUGACAAAAGAAACUAAUAAAUCAGAGAGGUUGGUCCUGAAAA